GGUGGCCCGCCCUCCCUCCUCCCCUUCCCUCCCCUCCCCAUCCCCUUCUCCCCUCCUCUCCGGGCCUGCGCGCGCGUCUUCCGCCAGCACGCGCCGCCGCCGCUAGCUGAGCGCUCUCGUCGGAGCCUCCGGCCCGCGCGCGUUUCCUCCCCACCCCCACCUCACCUCGGGCUGUGGGGCCGGCGGGGCCCGGCACCGCCGUCCGUCCGUCCGUCCGUCGGUCGGUCGGUCGUCCGUCGUCGCGACAGCUCCGGCGGGCUCGGGCGGCGUCUCGCGAGCUCCGGAACGGGUCGUACCACCUCGCGGCCGUUUCCGGGGGGAGCCGCGCACCCCGCCGCACGCGCCUCGGCGGCCCCGCGGGGGGUGAGGCGUCGCCGCGCCCGGCCGGCCGCGUGAGCUCGGAGCCCCGCGGGCCUCGCCCGCCGCCGCCGCCGCCGCCGCCGGCCCCACCCAUCCGGGCCGGAGAGGCCGCGGCCAUGGCCGAGACGGAGGAGCGGAGCCUCGACAACUUCUUCGCCAAGCGGGACAAGAAGAAGAAGAAGGAGCGGAGCAGCCGGGCGGCGGGGGCCGCGGGCGCCCCGGGCAGCGCCGGCGGGAGCGGCGGCGGGGCGGCGGCGGGCGGCGCGGGGAGCAGCCGGCCGGGCGACGGCGGGGCCGCGGGCGCCACGGGGAGCGGCCGGCCGGGCGACGGCGGGGCGGCGGCGGGCGGCGCGGGGAGCGGCAGGCCGGGCGACGGCGCGGGCGGCGCGGGCCCCGGCGCCGCCACCAAGGCCGCCACCAAGGAUGAAGAUGAGUGGAAGGAAUUUGAGCAAAAAGAGGUUGAUUACAGCGGACUCCGAGUCCAGGCAAUGCAGAUAAGUGAGAAGGAAGAGGAAGAUAACGAGAAGAGAGAAGACCCCGGGGAUAACUGGGAAGAAGGGGGCGGCGGCGGAGGCGUGGAGAAGUCUUCAGGUCCCUGGAAUAAAACAGCUCCUGCGCAAGCGCCUCCUGCGCCAGUCGUGGUUGCAGAGCCCCCAGAACCGGCAAUGCCUAGUGGUGUGUAUAGGCCUCCCGGGGCCCGGCUAACCACUACCAGGAAAACGCCACAAGGACCACCCGAAAUAUACAGCGACACGCAGUUCCCGUCCCUGCAAUCCACUGCCAAGCACGUAGAAAGCCGGAAGUACUUAAAAUGAGUGCUACCUGGCGGUAAAUGAUCACAUACGGCACAUCUACAUCUUAUUUAGGGACGUGAAUUCUUAAACGUAAAUAAAAUGGGAAGAAAUGUAAAUGACAUCAGAUGGAAAUUUUUUUUGAGUGGCUUUUAAGUAAAUCCCAGCCUUUGGCCUCAAGAGCGCCGCUCGCUGGCUUGAACUGAGACCUGCACCUGGACCGCUCCACUGCUGUCCCCCGCGAGGACGGCCACCCCCCCUCACCCGCGUCACCUCGUCCAACCCGACCCCCUCCCGCCGACCACGAGGGAGGAGAAAUCAUCGAAUAAUGAGAACUUUACUUGAAUGAGAGAAUUGUUACCCUUCCUUACGCAUAGAGACAUUAUCUACUAAUGGCUACAAGUACAAGCGAGUGUCUGGAGGAAUGUCUUUGCAGCUGUCUUCAAGUUGGCCCUAAAAUAGGCUUGCCGAGAGCACUGCUGAGAAGACAGACCAGCCUGAGUGCAGUAUUAACCCGGUUCCUGUCCAAUCAAAGCCUUAAAGUGGUUUGAUGAAGAUUUUAUACUCUCUUCCUGUCCCUCCCAACCUUCUUCUAAGGGGUGACUUGUUUUUCCUCUUCCUCUUUUUUUUUGUUUUUUAAUUCAAGGAAGCUAUUUUCAAAACACCCUAAUGAAGAAAUGUUUGCUGUUUACAUUUCUUUUCCCUUAGGGAUAAAAAGAAAUGGUGAAGAGCUUUGAAGUAGUAAGAGCUAGAGGUAGGGACGAGGUUUCAAAGGACCAGGCCCUUACACCUGACCUCGACAGCCCGCGUGCUGUGCCAGACGAGGAGCCGCGGCCGCUCCGGGCUCGGUGAGGAACGGCCUCGCCAGCCCUCCCCGCGCCCCCCCCCCCCCCCCCCCCGCCUCCGCCAGCCUCCCGACCCCCGGGGGAGCUCCCGCAGCCGGCCCCGGACCGCUCGCUCGCAGUUCCACGUGUCCCAUCUGCUCCUGGCCGCCGUUGGACUUCGAUUCUCCUCGGUCCGUACAUGUGUGAACUAGAUCCGGCUCUCUUCUUUCACAACUGCUCCACAGAUACAAGGCACCAACCCCGCAGCCAUUGGGAAGUCCUGUUGCGUUCCGACGCGGAGCCUCCGCCAGGUUGACUACCUCAGACUUGCCGCCCUGCCUCUGGACAUCACGUGGAUCGCAGUUCUGGACAAGAAAGGGACAGCCGCCAGAGCAUCUGUGGGAACCCCAAUACCAGCUUUACUGGAUUCCCGUCAGAAAUCCCACAGAAAGCCAGCCCGCCGGGCUCUGAUCUGCUGUAGAGGAUGAAGAUUUAAGUGACCUUAA